CCCGUUCGUUCCUCCAAGACCUCCAAGACAUAGAAAAUUCCAACGCUAUGACGACUCCUCACUCUGUCUCGAGACGAAGCACUACGGGCUGCCUAACCUGCGGUGUGCGAGCUAAGAAGUGCGACGAGAAAUGGGCCCAGGAUGGGUGCAAGGAGUGCACCAAACUCCGCAUCGAAUGUGUUCGGGUGGAAGGGCCAAGAAUUCUGUCAAAGGAUAUUAGGGGAUCAAGCGAAAUGUCAGCGUGUACCCAAGAGAUUUCCAAGGCUGUUAAGGACGCUAGGAAGCGACCCGAAGAAAAGAUGAUCAGGCCUCUCCCUGCCGUCCGUACGUUUGCGAUUUGGCUAACUGAGCGCAACUUUUCCGGACUCCAAGUGCCGCCCAGUUACGAAUCGCCCCAAGCGCCCUACCUUCAAGAGUACACUCACAACGCACAAGCAGAUCCCGACCCAUUCGCUGGGCUCCACAUCUCAACCGAAGCUACCCCGUCUAGCACCACGGCGGCGUACGGCCACUUUGUGGGCCUCCCCGAUAUUCACGACAGGCUCCUUGCUUGCGACCAGGUUCUCCACGAUCUUGCGAGGGUGUUGGGUUGCUACCUUGAACCCGCACCUGGAGUGCCAGACGGCAUUCCCCCAAUCGUUAGCAUCCUGGAUGAAACGGGGGAGGAUGGCGUUAGGCUGGCCGAGAUUAUUUCAGGCGUUAUACUGGGCUGCGGCAUCAUGAGCACCAGCCUCGGAAGGUCCUUUAUGAUCCCGAAUGCGUAAGCUGUUUACAAACAUGCGGUACUACUUCCACAUGUAGCCCAUUUGUAACUUGACUUGAAUGGCUUGAUUCUUACUACCAAUGUUGAUUGUCUUCGAAGUACCAAUGUCGCUCCCCAGGGUCUUCAUUUUAGGCAAUGUUCGAUCUUCACGGUGUUCAAUAUUCCACCUUA